CAAGACGCACAGCUCGGGAAAAACAGAUGGGGUUGAACAUCCUAGAGGAUUACAUUCCCAGUCAGACAACUUCUUCAACGCUUCUAAGUGGGAGCGUGAACAGACCAACAAUCACGUCUGUCUCACCUGUUGUGCCCGGGAGGAGACAAAGUGCUAUCGACGCGAAACAAAAAAGAGGUUCCUUGUACCCGAAUGAGCCAUCCAGACCUGAUCGCAGUGCAUCAGGAGAUGCGCUGAGAAAAGCGGAGGCGCGAGUUGAGAAGAACAAAAUCAUUACAUGGGCAGAUGGUGAUAUUAUAUGCGACCAAGAUAGACUGGCUGAAUUGAUUCGCCCUAAAGAGUUGGACUCCGGCGAAGCAGUAGAAAAACCCAAGAAAUCGUCUCCUUUCAUAAGUGCGCUGGAACAUGUAGCAUCUGUGCCAAAAAAUCCUUUCUUGAGCUUCUCCAAGUUUGCAACGACUGUCCCCGUUGUAAAUGGUCGUGACAUCCGCAAUGAGUUCAACAUCUGUGUCUCCUGUGACGAAGCUGCGAGGAAAGCUAAGGCUUCAGAAAUUAUGAGGGUUCGGUUCGUCAAGACGUGUAAAGUGUAUGAUGUCAUGGGUUUGGCUCUGUUCAAGUACCAGACUGCCCUGGACUCUGGUAAUGGGCUUGACAAACCUCAGCUGCCAUCAGUAUCGGUGGAUGAUUACGAGUUGAAAGCCUUGAUCGAUGAAGAUGACGACGACGACAUUGAGCCAAUGGACGUUGAUCCGAAUACUCUUGCGUUGAACUACGCUAUGGAUCUUUACAUGCUCAGGCCUCGCGAGAUACUUGAAAGCCAGGCAUCUUCAGAAAAAUCUCCCUUCAUCGCAGUGAACAUACACAUGUUGGGAAAGGCAGUUACAAAAACGAUGCAGUUGACCGACAGAAACACUCCUCUUCAGUAUAUUUACGACGAAGGCAUGAGGUUCUUUUUUGGAGGAAAACCUAACUAUGGUCCUCCCUACGCAUUGGUACCUUACAAUGAGCAGGAGAGAGUUGAGUUAGAUUUGGAGAAGACUCUAGCUGACUUCCAAUAUCGGUCCUUUCUCCUCAGGCGCACUAAAUGCAGCACAUCAACUCUGAAAGAUUCGUCCGCUUUCGGAAUUCCGGACGACACUCUUCUGAAAGUCAGUUGCUCACUUGUCAACGCCAGCAACGCCCUUCGAAAGAAAGGCUCCAAAUACUCUCUAUCUUGCUCAAAGGAAUUGAUAGCGCUAGAUCAAAUUUUGUCAGCUCCCUCCCAACCUGUAAACCGCCUAGCGAGUUGGGAUCCUGAUCAAAUCAUCGACUAUGAACUUAACCCACCCGAAGGAACAGUUAAACUGUUGGUGUAUCUAAAGCCAGUUAAUAUCCACACCCGGAUGACGCCCAAUGCGUUGCAAGAUUCAACUCUGAUCCACACGAACAUUCGUUGGAUCAUUUUGAAGUUGAGCGAUGAUUCGAACCGGACUUCAAUGGAGCAAUUUGCUGCUUUUCUAGCCAAGGAUAAGUUCGUUGAGAUAUCGCCGUAUCAAAAACUGUGGGAUUUUCAGUCGGAUCAGAACAAAUUGAAAAUAGUAGGCAGAUCCCUGCCGUUUUGAGUCAACAAGUACUACAUCAACGUAUGGUGUUGCUGGCGAAUUUCAUCUUGUUUCUGUAACUGAAAGGAAUAAAACGUAUCGUGAAAGCAAAAACUGGUCAAAAAGUGACUGAUAUCAGGCGGUUCUUAUCUCUGUUUCAGGCAGAAAAGUAAUCCCAUUAAGCUUCGGUUUGCAACUGGUGAUUCUUAUUACAGUUGGUGCUUGUUAAAUUUUACCAAUUUUCUCUAUAUAAUUACAAUUUAAUAAUAGUAACUUAGAUGUAGAUGUGCAUUGAUUUUUGAAAUAGAAAUCAGACGAAAUCGACUUUUGAUGGUUGUUGUUAUGGGUGUGCAAAAGUAUAUUGGAAUGUA